GACGUAUGGACGAGCUAGGAGGCUGGAUGAUUACUCGCGUAGCCCUUGAUAUGAGGUUGAUGGGGGUAGAGGCGACUCUCGAGGUCGGUGGGAGUCAGAUCGGGCCUGACGAGACGGAUACAGGGAUGACAGAUAUGAGAGGUCGGACCGAGAUGGAUACAGGGACGACAAAUAUGAGAGGUCGGAUCGAGAUGGAUACAGGGGUGGCAGAUAUGAGAGAGGAGAUCGAGACGGAGAUCGACGAGAUGGCUCGCGCGGACGGUAUGACCGCGGGGGAUUCGCGAGGGCGCAACGUGACGAUUCGCGGGGGUGGUACGACCGAGGAGAUUGACGCGAUGAGUCACGCGGGCGAUACGACCAUGGAGACCGCCGGAAUGACUCACGGGGGCGGAAUGAGCAAGGAGGGUCUGGAGGAGACCGCCGAAAUGAUUCACGGGGACUGCGCGGAUCUCAAGCGGGCAAUAGAUGAGGGACUUAUCGUGCUUGAUAACCGCAAGUACGUCAAGUGGGCAGAUGAUCUUGGAGACGUAUCAAUGUUCCCUUCGAUGAAGGAGAAUGUGGAGGCAAGGAGAGUAAAGCCGAGUAAAGGAAAGGAGUCGGUUAGGAGCCAGAGUAUCAAGAUAACUUUCGAAGGAGAUAUGACAACUACACCCAUAAGGGUGGCAGCUACCAAGUCAGCGAGAGGCUCUACAUCGAGGAAGACUGACACGGAUUAUGUGAUGGCAGAAAAGGAUGGACAACGGAUCGAUAGGGAGAAGGUUAUUCUUUCACCGCGAAAGCGCGGAGUGAAGAAGUUAUUGAUGAAGAGUUCGUUGGAUGACAUUGACACGGUCGAGCCCCUGAGACGGGCCCUUCGGCAGCCCAUGCAGUGCUCUAUUCUGGAAUAUCUGGCAGCAUCCAAGCCGGCUCGCGACGAUGAGGCUGUCAUUAUAGACGAGAAUCUGGCAGAGCGAGUUGGACUGAGACUCGAUAGGUCAUACCUAUUCGAGAUAGAGACGGCUGAUGGGGGAAAGCAACAGAUCACAGGGGUUUGUCACAAGGUAGCCAUAGAGGUCCAAGGGGUACGAGUGACCCUGCCAGUCUUUGCAGUCAAGAACUGCAGCUCUGACCUGCUCUUGGGACGGACGUGGUUCAGCCAUGUGCAUGAGGUGACGAUAGAGCGACCGAACGGGAGCCAGACACUGUCCAUUAAGAAGUUAGAUGGGGCGCGGGUUAUUAUUGAGACGGUGGAGCCUCGAGACCCGAGGAACAGAGCAGCUCUCGCUGUGGGUGCGGGACCCAGUGAUCGGAUUAAGUCAUUAUCCACGGGGGAGGUCGCGAGGGGAGCCCGAGGGUAAUCGGGAUCACGGGAGAGGGCAGGGGGGGUGGUCGGGAUCGCAGAGGGGGACGUGGGAGGAUUUGAAGUCGGGGGAGACGAUGAAGGGGCGAGUUGAGUGUAAGCGAUU